UUAAAAAUCAAAGAAGAAAAAGAGGAGAUGGAGGAACAGCCAAUGGAAUUGCAAAGCCUUCCUCUUCCUGUGGUCAAAGAAGACGAAAAUACGCUGAAAAUUGAGAAGGUGGAAGAAAAAGAAAUUAUAAAAUUGCCAGUAAUAGUAAAAUUAGAGAAACCUUCGGAAUACAAUGAAGAAAAGCAAGCUGUCAAAGAAGAAAGUGACUCCUUUAAAGAAAACGUCAAGCCUGUUAAAGUAGAGGUGAAGGAAAACAAAAUAGAACCGAAAGACUUGAAAGAAGUAAAAAGUUGUACGGAGAAAAUAGCAGUUCAUGAGCCGGAGAGGUUAGAAUUUUGUGUUAAUGUCAAAACUCCCCAAGAAAUUGUGGAUAAAUCUGUGGAAGAAAGCGAGAAACUUAAAAAUGACCAGCAGGCAAAAAUACCACUUAAAAAGCGAGAGAUCAAGCUGACGGACGACUACGACAGCCCGAUAAAGGGGCCCCUGUGUAAAUGUGUUACUCCAACCAAGGACGUCUUGAAGGAAGAAGGGAAACCAGAAGAAGAAGCUUUUAAGAGAGUCCCUACAAUUACUGCUUUAUGUCCUGAUGGGAAAGUGCUAGUAAACGGAGAGGUUAGCUGUGAAAAACUAACCCCCAGUGUCAUACAAAACAAUAAGUCGGAACACUCUGCUGGCCCAAAGGAGGACGGCAGCUCGUUAAAAGAGAAAAAUGGGAAAAGCGGGGAAAAGGUAUCAGACUCUGUAAAUUCUGUUAGUAAAAUCAUAAAAACUUGCGAGGUUGAGAAAAAUGCAGUGACUGUGGUGAAGGAAAUAGGGACUGCGGUCUCUGAGGUUUCUAAUCAGAAAGUGCCUUUAAAGGAGGAAUCUAGUCCUGUGGAAAAAGAGUCCCUUGACAGCACGACUGCUGAAGCGGUAGUGGAGGAGCCUGCGGACUCUGAAGACUGUGCCAAAACAACUGAAGAGAAACUAGCCCUGCAAAUCAAAAAGGACAGACUGCCACCACCCAAAGAAUGUUUAGAGAAACUAGAGAAGUCCCCAAAUGCAGCUGCUCCUGCAGAACUGCCCAAGCUCGCACUGGCUGAUGAAGAGACUUCGAAAAGUAAAGGUGAGCCUGAGGAGAAACCUGAUUCUCCAAAAGCUGCUGAGACACCCCCUUCAUCUACUUCUCCUGUUACUUUGGAGAAGCCUGUUUCGGAAAAGGAGGAUUCGGACAGUAAAAUGGCUCUACCUGAGGAGAGCAAAGUAGAAGAAAAAUCCAGCCCUGAAAAACAAGAGGAAGAGACAGAAGCUGCCAAGACAGAGCCGGAUAGAUUAGAUGAUGCCCAUGCUUCUAAUCUGGAGGGCUCCUCAGAGAGUAAAAAGGAAUCUCCACUACCUAAAAGCAAACUUAAAUAUAAGCUAGUUUCUGAGGAAGAAAGCUGUGCAACGGAUAAUAAAGAAAUAACUUCUGAAAGGCAGAAAGAAGGAAUUAAAUUAACAAUCAGGAUCUCUAGUCGGAAGAGAAAGGCAGAAACACCACCAGAAGAGGUCAGCAUUGGCCGGACGUUAAGGCGAUCUCCAAGAAUAUCCAAGCCUACUCCAAAAGUUGUGGAGACUCGGGAUCAGAAACCUGACAAAAAACGACCUGAAGAGGAAGAGGAGAAACCUGCAGCAGCACAAAAACCGGAACGAAAAGAAGAUGCCAAGAAACACGAGAAGGAGUCAAAUUCUAAGGUUAACAAGAGAAGCAAAGUUCGGUGGACGGGUACACGAACACGUGGCAGGGGGAAAUACUCAAGUAAUGAAGAAAGCGAAGACUCGGAGAGCGAAAAAAACUCUGAUGACGAUGAGGAAGAGGAAGAAGAGGAGGAAGAAGAAGCUGCACCUGCUGAUGACGAUGAGCCGUGCAAGAAGUGUGGCCUUCCCAAUCACCCUGAGCUG